AUGCUGGAGUACUACGCCUCGCGCAUGCAACUCUCGCCCGAUGUGGACUUGACUCUUUAUGCUUCUUUGACUUCGGGUUUGACUGGAGCUGAAGUUGCAAACCUUUUGAACUUGGCAGCAAUUCGAGCGGCCAGCAGCGGCAAAAAAGAGGCAAACCACGUUUUAGGGUUUAGGGUGACGAAUGCUGAAAUUGAAGACAGCUUCGACAGACUCAAAGUUGGAAACAAAAGAAGUUCCGCGUCUUUGCAACUUGAAGAGAAAACAGUCACUGCUUUUCACGAGGGCGGCCACGCGCUGAUGACUCUGUACUCCUCGCACGCGCCUUCGCUGCACAAAGCCUCCAUUCUCUUCAGAGGAGAAGCUUUGGGGGUCACUUGGCAAACUCAGAAAAAAGAAAAGUACACGGAAAGGUUUACGGACUACUUCGACCAGCUUAAAAUUCUGCUGGCAGGAAAAGCAGCAGAAGAAAUAAAAUUUGGAAAAGAAAAAGUUUCCACAGGAUGUCUUAGUGACUUGCAAAAAGCCACUCAAAUGGCCCGCCACCUCGUGACUUCGUUCGGCGUAGGCCUGGAGGUCAGCAGCAGCAACAGCAGCAGCAGCAGCAGCAGCAGCAGCAGCAGCAGCAGCAGCAGCAGCAGCAGCAGCACGUGGAGCCUGGGGGGGGCCUCCAGCGUUUGCCUGGAUGCAGUGGAGACUCAUUUGCUGUCGGAGACAAUUAAAGAAAAAAUAGAAGCAGCAACGCAGCAGCUGCUUGCUGCUGCUUUUAAGGAAGCAAAAGCUGUUCUUAAGGAGAAGCAGCAGGAACUAGAACGAGUCGCGCAG